CCUAGCUGCGCGCCAUGGCCUGGUUGCUGGCGUUGCUGGGCCGGGCAGGCAGGGUGGGCGCCCGGGUCCGGCCUCGUGCCACCUGGCUCCUGGGCUCCACCGUCCCCUGCGCCCCGCCGCCCCUGGCCCUGGCCCUGCUCCCGCCCAGGAGAGACGCCCGGCUGCUCCGCACGGCGCGCGGGGACUGCCGCGGCCGCCAGGAUCCCAGUCAGGCCACAGAGACAACAGGCAGCAGCGUCAGUUGCACAGAGGAGAAAAAGCAAAGCAAGUCACAGCAACUGAAAAAGAUUUUUCAAGAGUAUGGCACUGUCGGCGUGUCACUGCACAUUGGAAUCUCAUUAAUCUCCUUGGGCAUAUCUUACAUGGUUGUGUCAAGUGGUGUGGACAUGUCUGCAGUCCUGCUGAAACUCGGAUUUAAAGAGUCCCUGGUACAGUCAAAAAUGGCAGCAGGCACAGGUACCUUUGUGGUGGCCUAUGCAAUCCACAAGCUGUUUGCGCCAGUGAGAAUCAGCAUGACGCUAGUCUCUGUGCCCUUGAUUGUCAGAUAUUUUCGAAAAGUGGGAUUUUUUAAACCUCCCGCUACAAAACCUUAAUGAACUCUUCAGUCGUACACACUGAAAACCUAUUUCUUCUAAAUUACACAAUUUGCAUUGGUUUUAGGGUUGUAGGGUUUCUUUUGGAGAGGUAGGGGGCUAAUUGCUAUGUUCUCAUGGAUAAACUUUGCCAGCAAAAAUCA